AGCUCGAGUUGGAGCGUGCUCGUACUACAGAGCCACUCUCAGGUCUCUGCGCGCAUCGCACACUGCUGGGAACCAGGCGGACGGAGCCAAGUCUUGCCUUUCUGUCCGGGAGAAACCACAAGCAUACAGACAGGAAGACGUUAAGAUUUAGAUACCUCGUCGACUGCAAGCACAGUACGGACUCUGGCUAAUUCCCUUAGGUGGCUUUAGACUCCCGCACAGCCUUAUUAAAGGAUCACACUGUUGGACACCGCACUCCCCUCCUCUCCCCUCUUGUCAAAGCCAAACACGCUCCUACCUUGGAAGGACAAGGGGUUUGUUCAGUGUUUCUGCUGGUUUUCAUCUGGAUUAUCACUUUAAAGAAAUACAUGUGGCCAGCCGACGCCGAAGUCAAAUCAGGGAAUUACAGUUUGUAGAGCUGUCGGUUGUGCUUGCAGCGUCUGCAUGCGCGUCUUGUUCUCCGAGCGGAGAGCCAAGUGCUGUUAAAUCUCCUCUGCCUGGACUUUGGACCUGAGUGAAGGAUCUUCUCUGCGAGCUGCACUUGACAGGAGCGGCAACGACUGGGGAGACCAAAUUCGUACUUGAGCCGCUGAGGGGGAAACCGAAAAUCCUGCGAAAAUGCCUCUCGCACAGAUCGCGGAGCCAUGGCCCACAAUGGAACUAGUGCAGCUCGAAACGGAGAAUGGGCAGAGCACUGCUGAGGAUGGAGUCACUCCUGCUGUCAAGAACGAGUCUCAUAUCACCUGGAUAGAGAGGGAGUUUGCUCAUCUUAAAAUCCAGGAAGAUGGAGACAUCAAGGAGAUCAACAUUACCCAUGUGGUCAAGGAGGGCUCAGAGAAGGCUGAUGCCUCUCAGUUUGAACUGCUUAAAGUUUUGGGACAGGGAUCCUUUGGCAAGGUGUUCCUGGUGCGAAAGGUGACCCCUCCCGAUGCUAACCAGCUCUAUGCCAUGAAGGUUCUCAAGAAGGCCACCCUCAAAGUUAGAGACCGUGUGAGAACCAAGAUGGAGAGAGACAUCCUGGCAGACGUCAACCACCCAUUUGUUGUCAAGCUGCACUAUGCAUUCCAGACUGAAGGGAAGUUGUAUCUGAUCCUUGACUUUCUCAGAGGAGGAGAUCUCUUCACUAGACUCUCCAAAGAAGUGAUGUUCACAGAGGAGGAUGUGAAGUUUUAUCUAGCAGAGCUGGCAUUAGGACUGGACCACCUCCACAGCCUGGGCAUCAUUUACAGGGACCUCAAACCUGAAAACAUUCUCCUGGAUGAAGAGGGACAUAUCAAACUAACAGAUUUUGGUUUGUGUAAAGAAGCCAUUGAUCAUGAGAAGAAAGCUUAUUCCUUCUGUGGUACCGUGGAGUACAUGGCACCAGAGGUGGUGAACAGGCAGGGACACACCCACAGCGCUGACUGGUGGUCAUUUGGGGUACUAAUGUUUGAGAUGCUGACUGGAGCGCUGCCGUUUCAAGGGAAGGAUCGCAAAGAAACUAUGAACCUGAUUCUGAAGGCGCGUCUGGGAAUGCCUCAGUUCCUGAGCGCCGAGGCCCAGUCUCUGCUCAGGGCUUUGUUCAAGAGGAACCCUUCCAACAGGCUGGGAUCUGGCGCGGAUGGUGCAGAGGAGAUCAAACGACAUGGUUUCUUCGCCACCAUCGACUGGAAUAAACUCUUCAGAAGAGAGGUAAAGCCUCCCUUCAAACCGGCGGUGGGGCGUCCGGACGACACCUUCUACUUUGAUUCUGAGUUCACCUCUCGCACUCCUAAAGACUCGCCUGGCGUGCCCCCCAGUGCCGGAGCUCACCAGCUCUUCAGAGGCUUCAGCUUUAUCGCAUCAACUCUGCUGGAUGAGGAAGGUUCAGUGGAGAUGGCCAAGCCCCAGCCGCACCCUGUGGUCCAGCAGCAGUUACAUGGAAAGAACUUGCUCUUCAGUGACGGCUACAUACUGAAGGAAGAUAUUGGCAUGGGCUCGUUCUCCGUCUGUAAACGAUGCGUGCACAAAGCCACCAACACAGAAUAUGCCGUCAAGAUGAUUGACAAGACCAGCACAGACCCCUCUGAGGAGAUUGAGAUUCUGCUUAGAUAUGGACAGCAUCCCAACAUCAUAACGCUGAAGGAUGUAUACGACAACGGUAAGCAGGUGUUCCUGGUGACGGAGUUGAUGCGUGGAGGAGAGCUGCUGGAUCGCAUCCUCAAACAAAAGUUCUUUUCAGAGAGAGAGGCCAGCGCUGUGCUUUACACCAUCACCAAGACCGUCGAGUACCUGCACUCACAGGGGGUGGUGCACAGAGACCUGAAGCCCAGCAACAUCCUCUAUGUUGAUGAUUCAGGGAAUCCAGAGUCUAUCAGGAUCUGUGACUUCGGCUUCGCCAAGCAACUGCGUGCCAAUAAUGGCUUGCUGAUGACCCCAUGUUACACAGCUAACUUCGUAGCUCCCGAGGUGUUGAAGCGUCAGGGCUAUGAUGAAGGCUGUGACAUCUGGAGUCUGGGAGUCUUACUGUACACAAUGCUGGCCGGUUUCACCCCAUUUGCCAAUGGACCUGAGGACACACCGAAUGAGAUCCUGAACAGGAUAGGUCACGGUCACUUCAGUCUGACUGGAGGCAACUGGGACACCGUGUCCGAUGCUGCCAAGGACCUUGUGUCCAAGAUGCUUCAUGUGGACCCCCAUCAGAGACUGACUGCUAAGCAGGUCCUCAAACAUCCCUGGAUUGUCCAGAGAGACAAACUACCCAACAGCCAGCUUCCACACCAUGACCCUAAACUGGUUAAGGGUGCGAUGGCAGCCACAUACUCUGCCCUGAAGAACUCCCAACCAACUCCAGAGCUCAAGCCCAUCGAGAGCUCCUUCCUAGCCCAAAGGCGUGUCAAGAAGCUUCCCUCCACCUCCCUGUAGAGACUCAAAACAACCAAUCGGCUCACAGGAGACUGAACAAAACCACACCUCCUGGUUCCAACCACCCAGUCAGCUUGCUCGGGAACUUGGUGUCCAUCUGCCUCUACCAGCCAAGAAACACUGACUGUGGUCCUGCCCUCAUCUUAUGACACCAGUUGUCCUGCUCUUGCUAUCGUGCUCCUUGUUUGGGCUCCUCAGCUGCUGUGAGCCUAUCUCCUUUGGACUGGCAAAAAACUGUCAAGAUUGGGGGUGAUGAGGGCCAAAAAAAAAAGGGUGCAGGUUUCUGGCAGAUGUAUUAGUGCUGUGUGGGUGUGUGCUUGUGUGUGUAUGUGAGUGAAUGUGUGUGUAUGUGGACAUGUUUGUGCAUGGCCUGCUACAGAGUCGAUGCAGCCAUGUUUUUGAUUGUGACAAUGGCAGUUUUCUCCUCCCAUCGUUGCUGUUAUUGGUUGUCAUUCAGCUUGCUGCACGCCUGUCUGUCUGCCUGUUUUUGUUGUCCGUCUUCCUGUUCUUUUUGUCAAUUUAUGAGCUUUAUAUUUCCAGGUGUGCCGCCAAACCAACCUGUGUCGACGGCACAAGAACACAGUACUGUCUAACUGCUGUUAAAUGUUUUUGAAAGAGCAUUAUUAAUAUGAAUAUUAAACAUUUCUGCCAUAAAUGCCUCUUUGGUACAGCCAGAAUAUUUGGAUUCUAGGAAAUGUCAAAUGCUGAUGUUUUGGUUAAUGUUAAUCUAUGCUUGUAUUUUGUUUUACAGAGAGUGUGUGUGGGUGUGUGUGUGUCAGUUGCAUGACUUGCAGUGUGUGUGUGUGUGCGUGUGUGUACACAGUCUUGCAGGAUGCUGCAGGGUCAUGUGCAUGGUCUGAUGAUGUGAUGAUGUCAUGUGGCUUCCUCGUUUUUCUCCCUUUUCUGUGCUUGGUCAAACUGCUGGCAACUAUUUGAGAUGUUUAUUAUUUUUAUUACUACAAAUCUAGUAAAAUAGGUGGCUUUCUGUGAAAGAAAACUUGCCCAAGGAACAAUGAGGCAUGUUAAAAAUUCUAUAUUUGCUUUGUUUUCUUGUUGUUUUUUUUCCAGGUUCUUUUCCACUGUGUUUCUUGGAUAAUGCGUAUUGAAUGCUGUUUCUUGUGUUUGCUGCUUUUGUUGUUGAUUGUUUCAUUUUUUUUCUUUAUGUCCAAAGGAAGUGGUGAUUAAAAAUAGUGAAAGAUAUGCUGAUCACAUUACAGUCUGUGGACUUAAUGCCAUACAGGUCUCCCCUUCUAUUUUGAAAUGUAAAAGGGCAGAAAGGCUGCUUUAUUCUUAUUUGAGCACUCCCAACACAGCCUUUCUCCUAGUUUAAAAACUCUUUCAGUUCACAGCUUGCUAGCAUCAAAAGGACCUGCCCUCAGCAAAGAGUGUCUUCAGCAGUUUUUGUGUUCAUUCACAAUAGAUGAAUUUCCAUUGAUUCUGAUGAUUAUUUGACUUGUUUUUCAUUUUGCUGACACUUGAUUUGACACAUCGUGAAGAAGACCAAAUGUAUCUUAUUGGAAGUAGCUUUGAAGGGUAGGUCCUGCCUUCAGAUGGGUGCCUAUAGGCCUACAGAUGAGGUAGAAUGUCCUAUAUGAGUGACACAUGAUAACAAACCAAACAAUCUGUACAUGUGAGGAAGGGAAGACCUCUGUGGCUAAAUAAUCAAUGAACCAGCUGUCUUACCUCAAAAGGAAUCAAAGUUAUAUUAUAAUUCUUGUUUGAUGGUGAAACUCUCCCUCCUUUGACUAAAUUUAUGGUAAGAUGUUAUUGUAUGAUAAAGACGAAGAUUUUUAUAUCUUACAAAUAUUAAAAAUUCAGUUGCUAUGACAAA